AUGGAUUUGCAUAAGCUUUUCAACAAUGCUUCCUCGCCCACAGCGUACAUUCGGCCCGAUAAACAAAAUCCGCGGCAAUCGCCUUGCUUUUCUUCAGUCGAGGCUAACAUGCUGCCCUCCUUUUCAACGUUAGCGAAAAGCGUUGACUAUGCAACAAAUGAUCAUAGAUGUCGAUCCGUUCAAGCAGCAUCAUGUCACCGUGACGCCACUCAUGUGCCAGUCUGUGACCCUUUUCUACCACAUCAUCCAGACCCCAGCUUCAGCCAGGAAAUGAGAUUUCCAGUAGACCACCAGAGCGCCAACUCGAUAUUUCGCCAUCAGCACUACUCUAUCCCCAAUGUCUACCCAGGUUGUUUUGAAACAAACGUUCAAAGAUUCUUCACCUCGUUGUCAGCGCCCAGCGUGAAUUCCUACUCUUCCCUCUAUUUUCCGUCUCCUCCUGCUGCUAAUCAUGCAACCAAUUACAAUUCCAUACCGAACAAGAACACAUUCCAUAAUCUCACAUCACAUUACUACUCGUUUCAGUCAGACCUUAUCGGGCACACACAGAAAGUUUGGAGCCAUCAGCAACUGGUGGAAUUUCCACCUUUGGUCCAAAAGGUCAGCCAGCCCAGAGAUCAUAAACGUGCCUCCCCGCCAGGUAUACGUGCAAUGCACAAGAACAACAAUCAAUAUGAAUGUAAAUCUUGCAACAGGUUCUUUUCGCGCCCCUCAGCACUCAACAUCCACUUCCGUUCUCACACGGGCGAGAAGCCCUUCCACUGUCCUAAGAUUGGAUGCAACAGGGCAUUCUCUGUGUUGAGCAAUAUGAGACGUCAUACAAGUGACUGCCCGAAGAUUGCGAAGCACUAG